CACGUCGGGACUCGCAGCACCAGUACGCUCCCGACGCCCCAGCCACUUGUUACUCGCUUCGGCCGCACCUGCACCGCUUGCGGCAGCCGCUGAGGUGCUCCUCGGCCCUUCGAGGGCGACGCUGUGUGCUGUGGAGGUGCUUGCGUCUGCUCGUGCUCGGCGAUCGGAGCGUGAGGCUUGAUAACGAGUGUCUAGAGAGACGUUGUGAAUCUGGUGGCUUCGCUCUUGGGUGCUGUGUUGUGUGCGGCGCGAGGGGGGCGGCGACGGAGUGUUUGUGUUUUUAUGCGCCGAAGGGAAGCUACGCUGUUUGGGGCGAGAGCUUUGUCUCGGUUUAUUUCGAGAUCGGGCGUGCGUGCACGAGCAGGUACGAAGCUCGGUCGGGGAAACGAGAGUGAGUUUGUGGUGCAGCGUGUGCUCGGGAGAUGAGUUCGUGUGAUGAUAGUGAUGCUUUUGUCCUUUAACAAGGCGAAUGUGUUGUGCUAUCGUAGAGGAGAAUUGGACAGGCAGGUAAGGACAGACCGACGGAGAACCGUCAUCAAAAGGGUGAUCCCAAGGUACUGGAAGAGUUGCCAGCUUGUCAAUUAAGCUGCGGUCCGGCCCCCUCCGGCCGCGAGCAAACAGAAUCAUCAGUCAAAGUGGACUCGCGGGAUAGAAAACGCGCCUGACACCCUUCCAUUAGCGUGGCAUGAGAUGCGAAGUGCGAGGGCAUGACAGAUGUAAAUCCGCAGGUACUUCGGCCGCGCCGGCACCGCGCGUGAUCUGAAUGGAAAUAUUAAAUCCCCGAAGCUGAACGCUAGCGUCCUGGCAACCCUAUAGUGGCCGUGCGCGGGUGGGAGAUGAUUACCCUCGUUGUUUACACCUGUAGCUAGUCACCUGGUGUGCGCUGGCCCCCGGUGCGCUGGGGGAAAGGGGAGGAAGGAAUUUCCUCCCCGGGGCGCGAGGAAACUGCGCGCGAAAGACGGAUGUGAUGAAGGCCUUUGUGGCUCCUAUGACAGUCAAGGUUACACAAAAGUCAAGGUCGGGGAUCCGCGAGGCUGUCUUGUGUAUCUGUGCCGGAGAUGCCUGUGCUGAGGGCGAAGAGUCCGCGGGUGGAGGGCGGGCGGUGCUACCCCAAGGUGUGCUGGUCCGCCGUCACCCGCGCCACCCACUGGGGGCUCAGCACGCGCUCGUCCGCCCCCCAGACGCACUCCGCCAAGUCUGCGAGGAGUGCGAAACCGUCGCAGAUCUUCAACGGCUUCCCAGUCGAUUCGGAUCAGGGCGGCGUCACGAGCGGGCCGGGCGGUGAUUCAGAGGCGAACGGCUGCAGAAGGGAGAUGGGAGCACCCAGGGCCCCCGCGGCCCCCGCCCGCCACCAGGGGGGAGUGCAUGCCGCUCAGCCCCUCCCCGCGAGCACGGUCCCCCGGGGGGCGCAGCAACGCCGCCAGGCUCGCCGCCAGCCCAGUACCCCUAGAAGUGCCACGCCGUCUCGGUCGCCUGCUUCUCCCUCCGCGGGCAAGAACUUGAGCAAUGGCAGUGCUUUCCGGACGCCAGGGACCAGACUCCGCUUCUUCUCCAGGAGUGUAGCGGCGCCUCCCCCGCCUGCAUGUGACGACCUUCACUGUGACGUCGACGACCUGUGUGACGCCAGCAGUGCGAGCGACUGCAGCAGCGCCAGCGAUGCACGCAGCUCCAGCGGUGGUCACAGCGCGCGUGACUCGUGCAGUGGAAGCGACGACGACGGUGCUUGCUCUGGCACGUGCUGCAUUCCGGCGGGUGACGCGCCGUGCUGUCUGCUACCCUGUGCCCACGCCUCUGCGGGUGCCAAGACAAUUAAGAGUGCCAUCAGUGUGCCCUCGACUAGGCACUGUGGAUAUGGUGUCUGUUGGAACGAGAAUGACGCCAGCAUAGGCAAGAUGCCUCUGAGAGGUCGCGGCGGCGAGGACGUGACGACAGCGGCGUGUAUGGGUGCUCUCAGCAGCCGAUUCAACGGCCUCGGCGCUCGAGAUGGCGGUGCCGGCCGGGCGGCGACGCCGAACGGCCAUUGUGACGCUCAGGUGCUUGACAGGUGCGACGGGGAGGCUCCGUCGCCCCGUCACCCCCGUGCUGAGAGUGAGCCGAGUGUGAGUAGAGGCAAGGACGCGUGUGACAGGAACACGGCCCAGCGCGGCAUUGUGUGUCGUAUUGGCCGUCAGCAGGACAGCGGUGCGACGCCGAUGGUGCGACAAGACACUUUCACAAUAGAGAGAGGGCAAGGCGGGAUCAGCCCUCGAGGGGAGGGGGGCCUCUCCUUGCCCAUGCUGUCGAGGCCGCUCUGCCCCUCCCCGACGCCCACGCCCUCCCUAGCCACCCUUAGGCCUAGGGCUGGCCAGAGUGGCACUUCCAACGGCUCCAAACUUAGGCCUCCCGCCACCCAUUUCCGCGAGGCCUCUCGCCUCAGCCCUGCCAGGUCGAACGGCGCUGCCUCGGCCCCGUACUCCCGGGGGGCGCUGUCGCAGCCCAGGGCGGCCUCGAGGGGCGGGCGGAGCAGGAGCGCCAGUGAGAACGGGGACCUGGGAGCAGAGGAAAGGCUCGGUGGAGGCGCUAACACUCCACCGUGGGAACCUCACCAUGUCGCCAAGGGUCCACGUGGGAGUGGCAACACUAAGCGCGGUGCCCCGUACUCCCGCAGCAGCGUCAGCAGUGAUGAACACGAUCACCAGGCGGCCGCUGGACAGCAGAAGGAGGACCCGCCCCCCCACCAGCCCACACACCGAGGCCGCCGUGCCAUGAAGAUCACAUUGCGCGAAGAGGCCACGAAAAAGAACACUAACCUCACUACUCCAGCGUCUAGGACUCGAUCAGGCUCCCGGAGUUCCGGUGGUUCCAGCCCAGCCACCAUACAUGGGAGGGCUCCACACAAGACUGCCACAGUCACUCCGGCCCCUAAUAAAGUCACCCCUAAGAGUGGUUCUCUCAACAGGUUCGGAUUCCGUAGCAGCGCGCAAGUAAAAUCUGGUGAUAGCACUGACAGUGUUAAUUCCAUACUAAGUGAUGCGCAGACAAUAUCUGACUCGAAUUCCAAUAUCUUUGAAUUAUGUGAAGAGGAAAAUGAAAAUCUUAAAAGCACAAAGAAAAGUAGUGAAACAGAUGUGUGUGACAACAAUGACAUUCAUGUGCAAAAUAGGUUAGCAUUGUCCACCACAAAGGUGAAUAAGUCUCCUACCCCAUACAGCACUCCAAGAGGCACACCAAAUCUGCAGUCGGGUCGAAUUACAGCUUUUACCCGACAGUUACCGAAACCUCAAGUAGUUACUGUUAAAUCAUCUGUCUUAGUCAGAGACAGAACGAAGAGCCCCUCAUUAAGAUCUCUUUCCAAUACCCCCUCCAAAACCCCCUUAGAACAAACGCCUAAAGCAAAGCAGCAAUUCUUGAAUAAUAGUCAGAGGAUUCCUCGGGUGUCAAGAGACUCGGAGUCCUCCACCAGGUCGGGGACUGAAGUGGACUCCGGGCUGGGAUCCUCGAGUGAAAGCGACAAGAUUCGUGGUGAAGGGGAGACAGACACUCUUGGAUCCAGUAAUGUAGAGAGUACAGAAGAUAUGUCCGAUGCAUGGCUCAGAGGGAAGAGGGCACAGAUAGAUUCCAUUAAGAGGCGGUCAGGUAAUAUGGAAGUCCAUUUUAAUGGCACAGGAGAAUUCGAAUUGAAGAGACGCAGUUUAGAAUGUAAAGAAUCAAGUCCCUCUGAACCACAACUUUCAUCAGUCAAACCAGAGGUUCCCCAGGAAAAGAAAUCCGAACCAAGUAAAGAAAAACGUGAAGGCACAAUAACCUACAGUAUGGCAAGACAGAAGUUUGCUCCAUACAGUCGUGGUCGCAUUGGCUACGGGUACCAGGGCGCUGCUGGAAGGAGUGGUGAAGGUGCUUCAUCAAAUAAUUCUAAUAACUCAAGCACAAAUGUGACAAAGAUCCCUGGAAGCUCAGGUCUAGUCAGAAACCGUGUCGCCAUGCUGGAGAAGACUCCUACAAAGACUACUCCACAACCACCAGUGAGAAAAAGUAGUCUGAAGAAACCAGUAAUCAGACCCACAUCUUUGGAAAAGACACCUAUUCUAGUCAUGCCCGUCACAGAAAAGACUGUAGAACUUAGUAAGCCUGUGUGUAGAAGGCUGGAAUACAGUGAAUGCAAGAAUGUGAAAAGUGAUGCACAAAAUGAGAUAAGUGGUGAAAUACAACAGGGAAUAAAUCCUAAACUUUCUACCUCACAUCCAAAGGCUGAAGACAUUCUGAUUGUGGGUUCAAUUGAGGUAGAAACGCAUACAGACAAUAAUAUCCUUUUAGAAGCUGAAAAUCAUGGAAGUUAUUAUGAAAAUUCCUAUGAAAAAACUCCACUUAUAGUCAAAGAAGUACCUUUGAAACUUAGUCCAGAAAACAACAAAGCAAAUGAGAAUAAAGCAGCAAAUGAUGUUAUUGAAAAGGAGAAAUUACAUGUUGUGACAUUUGACGGGGAUUCAUCAGAGUAUUUGUCAGAGACUACUAAUGACUACACAGACAGCAGUUUAUCUGAGAGAGUUGAGGAUAGUUGUGACACAGGGGAAAUGGUGAAUGGGCAUUACCUCCAGUCUCCAGAUGAGUUUGGAAUGAAGAUUCUAACUCCACAGUCUGAGUCAUCAUUUGAGAUACUGGAAUCAUUAAGUGAAACAGUGGAGUUGAGCACAGAAGAAGCCAGGGAUGACUACUCACUCACAGAACCAGAAAUCAGUGAGAGCAAGGCCACGAUUCUUGAAAUUAAAAGACAGGAAUCAGCUGAGGGGUUGGUUCCUUCAACUUCAAGUUCAGAGGAAAGAACAUCAACUGAAGAGUUAUCCAAACCUCCCUUGAAGCCAAAACCAAAGCUUCCUUCCGUAUCACCAGAAAAACUGACAAACCCAAGUGAAGUAAGUAAGCCAUCUUGUGUCCCAACAGAUGUUCAUAUUGCCAAGCCGGAGAGUUCCCAAAAAUCACCAGUUGGGUCACCUGUUGACAAGAAGAAACCAGUGGGCAUGGGGAUGACUUUAGUUAAAGCAACGGACAUGAAAUCAUCUGUGGAUUCCUCUAUAGAUUCUCCGAAGUCAACCACAGGGAAUCCCAUGGUGGAAUCGUCUGACCGCUCGACGCUUUCUGGGAAGUGCACUCCCACCUUAAACUCUGGCAGGGGAGACUUGGAUCAAGAUUUUCUGAUUGAUGAUGAGAUCGCGGAUCAACCUGGCCUUAUGUUUGGUGGGUCCACAAUGGCAUCUUCAUUCUUCACAGAUGAUGGAAUAUUCGAUGACUUGACAGCAACCUCUCCAAGUCAUGUGCCACUUAAGUCAGCUGCAGUAGGUUCUGGCAGGAGUCGUGCCAACAGUGUGGACACAACCUCUAGUCUUGGCGCUGAUGACCUCAUGCUUGACUUUGACAUAGAAGAGGGCAAAGCAGGAGGUUCGUCUAACAGGUCUUCUAACAGUUCGUCCCUCAGUGUUGGCCUCCCUGGAUCCCUAACAGGGGCGCGUCCAAAAAAGAUGCACCUUCGCAUUACCAUUCCUGGACGCAGAUAUGACGAGGAAGUUCUCAGUCCGGAUGCCAGCGAAAUCUUCAGCGAAUGGACAGCCAUGAUGGCGGAAGUGGGCAGCUCAGUUGCAGAAAGAUGUGUGUCUCGAGAUGGCAGCAGCGGAGGAGGGCGGACGUCGCGGCCCAGGCUCAACAGCUCCUCGGAUGUGUCUUCGCCGGACCCCAGGCGGCCCACCGUGCUCAGACCGCCGCGGCAGGGUGGCUUGUCAGAGGGUGAGGGAGGUGGAGUCUGCAUUGACCGCACUUCGUACCACUACAUGUGCCAGGAUGUCACGGCCCUCAAGACCAUGCUGCUGCGUCUCAGAAGAGUUCUUCAGGCUGCCGACACCAUAAAUCCAUUUGAUGCCAAUCUACGGAACUCAUUAUAUCUCAGCCUAGCCAGCAGUGACUCUCCAGGAGGCUGUGGGAUCAAUGGCGAUAAAGAUUCUCUUACACCAUCUGUGAUUGAGCUGUCACAAGAAAACAUUGACUUACGGAGACAAGUAGUGCUCCUGCAGCAACAACUGGAAGAACGAGACCGCACCAUAAGGCUCUUACAACAGCAAUUAGCACAGAGUUUAGCGAGCCAGAAAACGACUUGUAAUCCUACCGAUGCCGAAGCCCCAACAAACACGGUGAACGCUGCCACGCAGACAGAGCGUUCCUCUCGUCCCACACUCACUGGAUCCAGCCUCUCACGAGCGGCUUCCAUUGACGAUGGACUUGGACCAACUGUCAGCUUCCGGCUGGGCAAGCAGGUACACGUUUUCUGAGGGUGAAGGUGAUUGUAUGGGUCGAGGACGAAGCACAUCAGCACCGGAGCAUC